CUCGUCCUUUCUGUCUCCUCUUUCUCUGCCUUCCCUCUCUACUGGCUGGUCUACUGGUGUAUGGACUUUUCCAUGAUGAAUUGUGAACUUCUAGCCACAUGCAGUGCCCUUGGGUACUUGGAGGGAGACACUUACCACAAGGAGCCAGAUUGCUUAGAGAGUGUGAAGGAUUUGAUCCGCUACUUGAGGCAUGAGGAUGAGACACGAGAUGUGCGACAACAGCUGGGAGCAGCCCAGAUCCUGCAGAGUGACCUUCUUCCCAUCCUUACCCAGCACCGCCUGGACAAGCCUCUGUUUGAUGCGGUUAUCAGACUGAUGGUGAACUUGACACAACCAGCCUUGCUCUGUUUCGGCAGUGUACCUAAGGAGCCCAGCUUCCGGCACCAUUUUAUGCAGGUGCUAACAUAUCUUCAGGCCUACAAGGAGGCCUUUGCCAGCGAGAAGGCUUUUGGAGUCCUCAGUGAAACCUUAUAUGAGCUACUGCAGCUGGGCUGGGAGGAACGACAGGAGGAAGACAACUUGCUGAUUGAGCGGAUCCUAUUGCUGGUCAGAAAUAUUCUCCAUGUACCAUCUGACCUUGAUCAGGAGAAGAAGAUUGAUGAUGACGCCAGUGUCCAUGACCUGCUUCUCUGGGCGAUUCACCUCAGUGGCUUGGACGACCUGCUCCUCUUCUUGACCAGCUCACCUGCUGAGCAGCAGUGGAGCCUACACGUGCUAGAGAUCAUCUCCCUUAUGUUUCGUGACCAGAAUCCUGAGCAGCUUGCAGGACUAGGGCAGGGGCGCUUAGCUCAGGAGCAGAGCACAGAUGUCACAGAACUGGAGGUGUUGCGCCAGCGAGAGAUGGCAGAAAAGAAAACUCGAGCCCUCCAGCGCAGCAACAGACAUUCUCGAUUUGGGGGCUCCUACAUUGUCCAGGGGUUGAAAUCCAUUGGGGAAAGGGAUGUCAUCUUUCACAAAGGCCUUCAUAAUCUUCGAAACUACAGUUCAGAUCUGGGAAAGCAGCCCCGCAGGGUGCCUAAACGUCGCCAGGCUGCCCGGGAGUUGUCCAUUCAGCGCCGCUCUGCCCUCAAUGUGAGACUCUUUCUCAGAGACUUCUGCUCUGAGUUCCUAGAGAACUGUUACAACCGACUCAUGGGAUCAGUAAAGGAUCACCUGCUGCGGGAGAAAGCUCAGCAGCAUGAUGAGACCUAUUAUAUGUGGGCCUUGACUUUCUUCAUGGCCUUCAACCGAGCUGCUUCCUUCCAGCCUGGCCUGGUUUCUGAGACCCUCAGUGUCCGUACCUUUCACUUCAUUGAGCAGAACCUCACUAACUACUAUGAGAUGAUGCUAACUGACCGCAAGGAAGCUGCCUCUUGGGCACGCCGGAUGCACCUGGCUCUGAAGGCCUAUCAGGAACUGUUGGCCACAGUGAAUGAAAUGGACAUUUCUCCGGAUGAGGCUGUGAGGGAGAGCAGCCGCAUCAUCAAGAACAACAUUUUCUAUGUGAUGGAGUAUCGAGAACUAUUCCUGACCCUGUUUCGAAAGUUUGAUGAGAGAUGCCAGCCCCACUCUUUUCUUCGUGACCUGGUGGAAACCACCCACCUCUUCCUCAGAAUGUUGGAGCGGUUCUGUCGGAAACGUGGAAACCUGGUGGUGCAGAACAAACGAAAGAAGAGAAAGAAGAAGAAGAAAAUUCUAGACCAGGCCACUGCUUCUGGUAAUGUCCCAUAUAGCCCAGAGGAAGCCGAGGCUGUGUGGCCAGCCCUUGUUGAGCAACUACAGUGCUGUGCCCAGAAUCCUGAGCUCAGUGUAGACUCCAUGGUUCCCUUUGACGCGGCCUCAGAAGUGCCAGUGGAAGAGCAGCGGGCAGAAGCCAUGGUGCGGAUCCAAGACUGUCUCCUGGCUGGCCAGGCCCCACAAGCCCUGACCCUUCUGAGAUCAGCCCGGGAGGUAUGGCCAGAAGGAGAUGUGUUUGGCCCUCAAGACAUUUCCCCAGAGGAAGAGGUCCAGUUGCUGAAACAGAUCCUCUCUGCUCCGCUUCCCCGGCAGCAGGGGCCAGAGGAACGAGGGGCAGAGGAAGAAGAGGAAGAAGAGGAGGAGGAAGAGGAGGAGUUGCAAGUGGUCCAGGUGUCGGAGAAAGAAUUUAAUUUUCUGGACUACCUGAAACGCUUUGCAUGUUCAACUGUUGUCCGAGCCUACGUGCUGCUGCUGCGGAACUACCAACAGAAUAGUGCUCACACCAACCACUGUGUUGUCAAGAUGCUGCACCGACUGGCCCACGACCUCAAAAUGGAAGCUCUGCUUUUUCAGCUCUCAGUCUUCUGUCUCUUCAAUCGUCUGCUGAGUGACCCAGCUGCUGGAGCCUACAAAGAGCUUGUGACUUUUGCCAAAUACAUCCUUGGCAAGUUCUUUGCACUGGCUGCAGUCAACCAAAAAGCCUUUGUGGAGCUGCUGUUCUGGAAGAACACAGCUGUGGUUCAAGAGAUGACCGAGGGCUAUGGUUCCCUGGAUGGCCGAUCUUCUGGUCGCAGAGCCCCGACGUGGAGCCCAGAGGAGGAGGCUCAUCUGCGGGAACUGUACCUUGUCCAUAAGGAUGUGGAAGGUCAAGAUGUGGUGGAAGCCAUAUUGGCACAGCUGAAUACUGUUCCUCGAACACGCAAGCAGAUCAUCCACCAUCUGGUACGACUGGGAUUGGCUGACAGCGUUAAGGACUUCCAAAGGAAAGGAACCAAUGUUGUCCUGUGGACAGAGGACCAAGAGCUGGAGCUGCAACGACUUUUUGAGGAGUUCCAGGACUCAGAUGAAGUCCUGAGUCAUAUCAUGAAGAAUAUCACAGCCAAACGCUCACGGGCCCGAAUAGUGGAUAAACUGUUGGCUAUGGGUUUGGUGGCUGAGCGACGGGAGCUGUACAAGAAACGGCGCAAGAAGUUGGCACCCUCCAGCUUGCCCAAUGGAGAGGAGCCCCUGAAAGGUUUUGGCCAGGAAGACCUAGAAGAAGAGGAAGAGAGUGAAGAGGGAGAGGAAAUAGGGGAGGACUCGGAAACAGAGCAAGCCCAGGGUAGCUCAGUGCUUUCAACUGAAAACCUUGGUCAAAGCCUGCAUCAGGAAGGCUUUUCUACUCCCCUUCUGUGGCUCCAGAACUGCCUGAUCCGAGUAGCAAAUGAUCGGGAAGAGGACGGCUGCUCCCAGGCAGUUCCGUUAGUGCCGCUGUCAGAGGAAAAUGAGGAAGCGAUGGAAAAUGAACAGUUUCAGCAGCUGUUGCAUAAACUUGGGGUUCGGCCCCCAGCCUCCGGACAGGAAACCUUCUGGCGAAUUCCAGCCAAGCUGAGUCCCACCCAGCUCCGGAGGGUAGCAGCUUCUCUGAGUCAGCCAAACGAGGAGGAAAAACUACAGCUAGAACUUGAAGCUAAAGUCCCUGGAGAGCAAAGCCCGGAUGAGGAGCACUGGAAAGAACAUCGAGCACAAGCUUUGAGGGCUCUCUUGUUAGCCCGUAAAAAGAAAGCAGGCUUGGCAUCCCCAGAGGAGGAAGAAGAGACUGUGAGUGGGAAAGAGCCCCUGAAGGUAGCACCCAGGAAGCGACAGCUGCUGGACAGUGAUGAGGAGCAGGAGGAAGAUGACGGCAGGAGCAGAGCACCAGAGUUGGGAGCUCCUGGAAUCCAAAAGAAAAAACGGUUUCAGAUUGAGGACGACGAUGAAAAUGACUGAAGAGCCAGAAGCGGUAGAGAUAGAGCCGCGUGUAGAUG